UCGAACAAAGCGCGAGCAAAGUGUUACGGAAUAAAAUGCAUUUGUAUAUAUAUAUUUUGCUCGGUACUUGCGGCUUAACGGUGAGCGAUGCACUUGCCGUGUACGAUGCCACCGGACGCUUGAAUCUCAGUGCCAGUUGCCCGGAUUCCUUCUGCAGCUUAAGUGAUCGGCCGGUGGCAUACUCCGCGACUCCGGCUCUUGAGCUCCGGGAAUUGCACUUGACGAACUGCAGCCGGCAAUCGAUCACAUGGCUGGUUCUGCAACUUACGCCCGGUCUCCGCACCUUGGUCAUCCGCAACUGUGCCACAUACCACAUUAGCAAGGAGAGUCUGAGGCCAGUGGAAAAUCUCACCUCGCUGCAGAUGCAGGGCACGAGUCUUGGCGUCCUCCGGGAUCAGAUCUUCAACGCAGUGCCUCGUUUGGAGAUCCUGCAGCUAAGUCAGAACUUCAUCCACACGGUGCACGUAGCCGCAUUCCAGGGCUUAUCCAGACUGAGAUUACUGGGUCUGGAAGGGAAUGCGAUAGCUGAAAUCCUGGCUAGCACACUUGAUCCUCUCGUGGAGCUAGUCCAUCUGGACUUGAGCAGGAAUGAGUUGACAACUUUGCCACAAGACAUCUUUGCUAAAAAUAAGAAGCUACAAACCCUUUUACUCAACGGCAACCCAUUGAGAACUUUGAUGCCAGAUGUACUAGGCUCUUUACCCAAUCUUCGGCUGCUCGAUUUGGGACAUGCUGCUGAAUUGGAGGUGAUGACGCUAGACAUUCCCAAUGUGGAGAAUUUAGUUCUGGAGGGGAGUAGUCUUAGCAGUUUAGUCAUCAACGGAGGCUUUAUCAAGCUGCAGGCGGGGAACAAUGAGCUGAAUCAUCUGCAUGUGGGAAACAAGAGCGCUGUGAUUGAGAUGGAUUUGCAUGGUAAUUUGCUAAAUGGAAAUGAUACGGCCGCCUUUCUCAGGGGAAUGUGGAAUCUGCAAAGGCUGGAUCUGUCCAAAAACAUGAUCGAAGCAUUGCCACAGCAUGGAAGCGGAUUGGAUGCUUCCGGCUCCCAGGAGCUCUUGCUUUUGCCCAGUUUGAAGUACCUGAAUUUGGCCAACAAUCGGUUGGUUCACUUGCCUCCGGAGUCGCCAAUCCUCUCAUCGCGUCUCAGCUAUUUGGAUUUGUCCCACAAUCUGAUGCUAACCCUCGAUGUCGCGAUACUGAGAGGUCUGCCGGUUCUGAAGAGCCUGUACGUGGAGGGCAACCGCCUGAAUACCAUUAACUACCAGAAGCUCCAUGAAGAGCACCAAGAUCUCUCAGAGCUGGGGCUUCAUGACAACCCCUGGUCACCCGGCUUAUACCGCAAGAUGUUUCUCUACUUCACCGAUCGAGGAGUUCAUCUGCAGGAGAGGCCCCAAAACCGUGUCCUGAACAAGAGUAGCCGAGUGGAUAUUGACUGGCCACCGAAUGAAGACCAAGCGGAGGCUCAAAAGCUGGACCCGCUGGGAGUGACUGGCAUACACCCCUACUGGACUCUAAGAGAUAUCCUUGCAUUUGUUACGCUCCUGGUGGUGAUGCUUAUUCUGCUGAUGAAUCUCUACCACAUCCUUGAGGAAGAGGGCUGUCUGCGAAGGUUUCGCCAUUGGAGGAGAUCUCGUACCCUUGGGCAAAACACUUCAACGUCCAGGCACAGUGGUCGUCGCCUCGACGAGCAGGACUUCGAAGUAUGAGCCUGGUCGACACUUUGGCUUACUCCGUUUUUCAAAACAGCAAAGCUCCAGUGAAUAGACGUGCGAUGCAGCCAAGCUGUUCCGUAAGCCAAAUAAGCGCCAAUUUGAUGUCAAUUUAGCGCUAGUCUUUGCUGUUGCUUACCCACUUGUUUGCAGCUAUCAUCUGCUACCCUGUACUUAUCACUUGAUGGGUGCGUGCCGAACUUAGAUAUAAUUCGCGAAUACAAAAAAAGUGAUAGCAAUAUAUUAAAAUGUAAAUCAAUAAAUCGCGCUUUUGGUUUCUACACCUA